GUCUCCUUCUAUAAAAAACGAUCAACCACCCUCGUCUUCCCAGAAAGAAAGGGUCUUUCUGGCCUGUUUGCUCACAUCAUCUCUCAUUUGUUUCGCUUCCCAAAAUCUCUUUGUAACAGUCGUAAAAGCUUGGGUAGUUCAUUGUUACGUAACUCGUAUCUUACGGCCUGCUAUAGCUGCUUCGGUUGUUACAAGAGAUAGAUAGAUUAGUUAAAGAAUAAGUCAUGGGUUUUCUUCACAAGCUUUGGGAUGAAACACUCGCCGGCCCCGCACCGGAGUCCGGCCUCGGCAAGCUCCGCAACCUAGACACCUUCUCCGCCCCGCCCUCGGCCCCUAUGGUCGCUACCGAUGAGGCGCCAGUUGUCUCUCGGAGCAUUACUAUUCUUAGGACUCAUUCUUCCAACCUUGGAAAUUUUCCGGCUGAUUCUGGCUCCCCCUCCGAGUCUCCCACCACUCCGGGAACGCCUAUCUCACCGGGAACACCUACAAGAAAUUUCAGGAAACUGACAAGGAGAAAAUCGUCCACUGACGCAUUGCGACGCGCCGAGCCUAGAAGUCCGACUGGUUAUGAAUGGAUGGUGAUUACUGCAUUGGAUCGUUGAGAGAGAUCGAGGAAGGAAUGAUGACGACGAACGUGUUUUGCUUCUAAGUAUUGGCCGGCAAGUACUCCAGACUAUUGUACAUAGAGAACCUUUGUGGGAACUGAUGCAUAUAUAUAUUAUCAUAAGUAAUAUAAAGAGAGAGAUCGAUUUAGUUUGUGUAUACUAUAGCUAUAACAAUAAGGUUGGUUCGGACAAGGAACAGUCCUGGAACCAAUGCGUGAUGCUAGCUUCUUGGAGAUGAAGAGGGAGGAAGUAGGACAUGGUAGCUUUCUUUUUCACUUCUAUCUAUUGUACGUCUUCCUAGUUUUUCUUUUGUAUUUUGGUCGUUGUGAUCUCUUGUACAUAUGGAUUUGUUUUCUGUGUUAAAAUUGCCCCCCUUCAAUAAAAAUCCUUGAGCUUUUAAAACAAUUUAUUUAACUAGCUCUAUCGGUAA